AUGUCGAAAGCAAAAUACAUUGUUGAAGGAGGAUCCUCAAACAGACCUCCAUUCUUUGAUGGAUCAGACUAUUACUUUUGGAAAAACAAAAUGCAGUUGUUCUUAAAGUCUCAAGACACAGGAAUGUGGCGCAUCAUUAUAGAUGGAGAUUUCACACCAAGGGUUGAUCAAAAUGAUUCAAACUCUGCCUUGAAAAAAGAAGCAGACUGGACAUCAGAUGAUAAAGCUAAGGUACUUUUAAACUCUAAAGCCCAAUUAUUUUUAUCAUGUGCUUUAAGCAGGGAAGAAAGUGAAAGGGUAGAUGAAUGCAUAACUGCAAAAGAAGUUUGGGAUACAUUACAAACUCAUCAUGAAGGAACAAGCCAUGUCAAAAAAACAAGAAUAGACAUUGGUAUAAGGAAAUUCGAACUAUUCGAAAUGCAAGAAGGAAAAACUAUUGAUGAAAUGUACUCAAGUUUCACUACAAUAGUAAACGAAAUGCGUUCUCUUGGCAAAGCUUACACUGUGCAAGAAAGAGUAAGAAAAAUCAUGAGGUGUCUUCCAAUCAUUUGGAGACCA